UCCGCCGGAGUGUUAUAGAUGUGGGACGGGAACGAUGGAAAGAUGGCGGCCGCAAUGGUGCAAAUGUCAUGUUUGUACCGUGGGAUGUUAGCGGUCAGGACCACUGGCAUCAGGACGCUGAUCCCCGGGCUGGUCCCGGUCCAGUUCCGAGCCUUCUCGGUGCGGAAGGAGCCCGAGCUAGAGGAGAAUCCGUACUAUAGCAAGUACCAGGACAAGAUCCAGAAACUGCGCAGUGCCAAAUCACAGGAGUACAAGACCCGACUGGAGAAAAGGCAUGAAGCCAAGAAGGAAGUGCUGGGACACUCGAAGCAGGCAGAGUUCGUCAGAUUUAUGGAGCAGGAGCUGGAAAAAAGGGACAAGAUGGCAGCUGGUGACGCAACAUCAGGAGGUUUUACAAAGAAUAAGACUUUGGGCUCCAUCCUCAACUUGGAGAUGAUCAAGGACAAGACAGGCGAGGAGAUUGCAGAGCUUUGGAUGAAGUAUUAUUCUACCAAGGAUACAGUCAGCGCCGUCAUCCCAACACAGAUCUAUGAGAUGAUUUUCAGCAGAUCAAAGUCCUGCCCAAUGUUCCUUUACGCUUUGCCUCAGAAAGAGGGUUACGAGUUCUUUGUGGGUCAGUGGUCCCGACAUGAGCUCCACUUCACCUCCCUCAUCAACGUCCAGACGCUGGGUGAGAAUGCUCCCAGUCAGCUGAUCCUCUACCACUACCCAGACCUGAAGGAGGAGAAGGGCAUCGUGCUCAUGACAGCAGAGAUGGAUCCCAAGUUCAUAACCGUCCACCAGGCUCAGUGUUUGGCUAAUCAGGUGCAGCUCUUCUACGGCACCCAGAGACAGGAGACUUACCGAUUGGUGGAGAUAUUUAACCACCACCCUGCAGAAUUCAAGCACAUGUCAGUCAUAGCAGAGCUGGAGCAGAGCGGUUUGGGGCCUGCAAACCCUUCCACGGGUUCCUGAGAUGGACUGAAGUUGCCACCAGACAGCCUGCCGAGGAACUGUUGGUCUCCAUGUACAGUCGCAAAGAUAUCCAAGCUUCUUUGCUCAGCACGCUCCAGUGGGAUAUAGCUGCUUCUUGCUCUGUGUGUGCAGUUUCCAGCAGCACAGAACUUCAAGAAGCACAAACAGCUUCUCUCAGAAUUUACUACGCAUCUUGUGUGUUGCCAGUUUGCCUCAAUGGGAAAAUACUGUUGAAGUGAGCACUUCUAUAAUAAAUAGUUCUCACUUUGUCUUGUUCUUCAUAUCAGACUGUGAUGUAAGCAGAAGAACAUUGUUCAUAGCUAUCCAAAUAAGCCCAUAUGAAAUGCAAUAAAUGUAAUAAAUCAUCUUCAAAACUUUAACCUGUUUAUAUAAUGAGCGUUAUAACCAGAAGAAAAACUUAUGUGCUUUAAACACAAUACUGAGGCAAACAGAAAAGUCUUCAUAGCCUGGAUUGUGACUGACCACUUAUUAAUGAUCAGGGUGGUAUCGUUCCAUACAACUGUUACUGUUCCAACAGGUGUUAAAUCAACGGUGUACGUUAGAGUUCACAUUAACCAAAUAUUUAUGACAGAUUUUUUUUUUAACUGUGAUGGAAACAUUUCACGUCUGUCCUUCCUUUUGACACAUAACACUGAUGGAUUUAUCAGAAACUUCCAUAAUAACACCCUUAACAAAAGUGCAGCAGAGGUGGGUGGUCUCUGCAUAAAAUGACAUAAACAUGUAUUCUGGGCCUAAAGUGGAACUUUGCAAGUGAGGAACCAAAGGCUCUGGUGCAGCAUGUAGAAAUAACUGAAAGUAGAAACGAGU